AUGCCGUCCUCAAUUACUUCCGACUCGGGUCGUAUGCAGAGAAGAGAUUCGUCGGCCGCGAGGAGGCCAAGGCUCCUCCGGGCAACUGCAACCGAGCCCUCCAUCACGACUUCGACCGCCGAGUCGAAUGCCCUUGCGACACAGCCAGGCCGAAGAGCAACAGAGCUGUUGACCCGAAUGGCCUUCGUCUCCGGCUCGCCACCAGACUCCAUGCUGAGAUCUACGUCGCUGCUGUCAACUCGGUCACCCAUGUUCGACAGCAUUGAUAGGCAAGGCGACUUGUCAUCCUCGCCUGUCAGCCAGGCCUCCUUUGACGACCGCCAUCCCCACUCAUAUUCGGGACGAUACUUCAGCUUCCCUAGCUUCGACUUAUAUGAAGCAAGCCAAGAAGACGGAGAGAAGGAGCCAUCGGGGACCAAGUCGGUUUGA